AUGCUUUCAACUAAAUUAAUUAGAUUAGAUUCCUUUCUUAAUAAAGGACUGGUUGGUUUGCAUACAAGUAAUAGAUUGCUCUCCACCACGCAGAAAUGGUACAGUAGCACUUCUAAUAAAAAAACAAUUCCAACUUCAGAAUUCAACUUUAGGCAUUUAGGUGUUGCUUCAGAUAUAUAUGUUCCACCUUCGUUAAAAAGUUUACCAAAUCCAAUAUUACAUCCAACUAUCUUUUUUAAUGUAUUGAUUAGAAAAGUAUACACGAUAGGGUUAAAUACUAUUCAGAUUGCUCUGUUCAGGAAUCAAUCCGGUAUUAAGCCUAACUUUGUAUUGUGGAAGAAUAAUGCUAUUGAAUGUUACGUUAAUGUAAAUACAAAUUUCGCAAGAAACAAAUUAGACAAAUGUAAGUAUAAUGUCUCCAUAUGGGUUCAAGAGGCCUUGGCAGCAAGAGCGCAUGAGCUACCAAAACGAAUGAAACUAGAUUGGAAACUAUUGAAGUUCAAUGAAGUACCUAAAUUGAUUUCUGUACAAUCGAUGAUGAUUCCUGGAAGACCUUUGGAACAUAUUCAAUUGGUCUAUAAAUUUAACACAAAGCAAAGAUUGACUAGAGUAGAUAAGCAAACAAACGAGGUUAAAAACAUCGAUAAAGAUGUCAUUGAUCAUAUGGUAUUCGUUUGUGAUGCCACGUCUGGCGAAACUAUAAUGGUAGGAUCCGUGUUUGAAAGUUCUCCUGGUGCCAAAUUACCUAAAAAUUAUGAUGACAAUAAUAAAGUCACCAUAGCCAGAAUGAAACUUUGUGGUGAUAUAUUUAGGCCUAAACCUUCCGACUGA